GCUUCGGCACGGCAGCAGGCGGCGCCAGUGCGCCGAGCGGCGUCGGCGUCUCUGCGAAGCAGUGCGGAGCAGUGCGGAGCAGUGCGCACCAAACGCAACAACUUGCCGCCAAGCGCCGCCGAGCGCUGCGAAGCAGGCGCCAAGCGCGCCGUCUGUGAAUGUGUUGUGCUGUGCAGUGCGUGCCCCAUCGAACAGUGUACACGAUUUUAGUGCGACCACGAAGACGCCGCCGCGGUGCUGUCCGCCUCGCCGCAGAGGCACGCAGUGCACGCAGUCAGCUGUUGCCAGGACAUUUAACCGCGCCGCCACGCCUGUCGCCUUGCCCGUGCUCGUCGCCCCGAAACGCACACAAGGAAUUGGAUGCCGCGCCCCCGUCCCAGCAUCGGGACAAAGUGGAUUUCAGUGGUGCUACGAGUGAAUAUCGCAUCCGGCCGCGGGAUUACCCCAGCACGCCGCCACCAGGGAGCAGUUCGGUGAGACUACGCCGACCCCACGCACUGCAAAAAAAGGGAAAGAAACUCUUCAGCUACAGGUGUCUUGAUUAGAAAUUGGCAGAAUUUGGAGAGUGGUCAAGUUUGCUUUUAGUGUACAAUGUCCUGAAAAAGAAUGAGGGGCCGAUUUGAGUUCUUUGAUAAUAAAGUUGUCCUGAUUUUAAAG